AUCUAAAGGACAAUCCAAAACAUUCUUUCUUCCACUAAGAGCAGCUGAAGACAAAGAAGGUUGAAACACCUUUCUUCCUUUCUCUCUCUCUCUCUCUCUCUCUCUCUCUGAAGUCAUCAGCUUCCUUUCUUUCCCUUUUUCUCUUCUGAGUUCAUGGACACUGCUCAAUGGCCUCAGGAAAUUGGAUUGGAGAAGACAAUGGAAGAGAAUAUGGGGUCUGAGGCAAGGUUAGCCUCAGAGAAAAGGGCAAGGCCUCAAGAGCAAUUGAAUUGUCCAAGGUGCAAUUCAACCAACACCAAGUUUUGUUACUACAACAACUAUAGCCUCACUCAACCAAGAUACUUCUGCAAAACAUGCAGAAGGUAUUGGACUGAAGGUGGAACUCUCAGAAAUGUUCCUGUUGGAGGAGGUUCAAGAAAGAACAAGAAGUCAACAUCAUCAACAGCUUCAUCGUCAGCGAUUUCUUCAUCAAAGAAUAUCAUUCCUGAUCUUAACCCACCAAAUUUGUCUCACUUUUCAUCUCAAAACCCUAGGAUGACCCAUGAAGGCCAAGAUCUUAAUCUGGCCUUUUCUGCUAAUGUGGAGCACUACAAUGGUACUAGUACUGCUCAUUAUGUUGAUCAUCACCAGGUGCCCAAAAUGGAAAGCAACAACUCAUCGGCUUUAGAGCUGCUUAGGGGUACUGGCAUUGCUUCUAGAGGUGUGAAUUCAUAUAUACCAAACUCAAUCCAGGAUUCGAAUGCAGUGCUUUAUUCAUCGUCCGGGUUCUCUUUGCAAGAAUUCAAACCAAGUCAUCUUGGUUUUUGUGUUGAUGGGGUUGGAAGUAGGUAUGGUGAUCAUCCUCAAGAGAAUGGUGGUAAUGGAAGGCUCUUGUUUCCAUUUGGGGAUUUGAAGCAAAUCUCAAGCACUACUACAGGUCAUCAUGAACUUGAUCAGAAUAAGGGGCAAGGUAAUCCAUCUGGGUAUUGGAAUGGGUUAAUGGGUGGAGGGUCAUGGUAAUUGAAUAAGAGCUAUCUGGAUAAAAAGACAGGAAAGGAAAACAAAGUGUACUUUUCACUUUUAGCUUCUUUCUUUUCGCUUUGAACUAGUUACUUAUUUGACGCUGUUGAUCAGAACUAACAGAUAGGAUAAAUAUGGUUUUCGUAAUUUGUUAUAUAUUAUUCUCCUUCAGCAUGCUUUUUGAACAAAUUGUAAGCGAAUGAAGCUCAGUUUCAAGGAAUUUUUUGUAUGCACCGGUUA